UCUGUUUACACAUACAUCACCAGCAUCAUCAUCAGCAGUGAGAAAAGAAUUCAUCGUCCAUCCUUUUGGUGAGAUUAGAUUAGACAUUCCAGUUGAUUGGGAUACUCGCUGGACAAAUUCUGAACAAAUGUGACAGUUUUAUAAGCAUUCGCAUAGUAGAAGAGCAUGGAAGCAACCAAAAAAAUACUCAACUAAAGUACAACAUUAUUUUGGUUUUAAGAGGUAUGGAAAGGAAGUGAGCUGAAAACGGAAGUACUUUUCUCCUCAAUGGGUGGGUGGCAUCAAGGUCGGCUACAGGUGCUGUUGUUGUGCUAAUACUGUAUGGUCUAAAAUUUAUAUCCAGCCCACCCACAAUCUACACUUCAGUCCAAUUUCUAUACCAACUGUAACUUUUCCAACCCAAAAUGUCCAGUGUAAACACACAACGUCAAGGUCGUUGGUAUUUUGGUGGUAUUGCCAGUGCAGGAGCCGCUUGCUGUACCCAUCCUUUGGACUUAAUAAAGGUUGCGCUGCAAACGCAACAAGGCAAAUUAUCGGUAUUGCAACUAACAGCGAAAGUUUUACGAGAGCAAGGUGUACUGGCACUUUACAACGGGUUGUCUGCUUCCGUCCUACGUCAAAUGACGUAUUCAAUGACACGCUUCGGUAUUUAUGAAGCAGGAAAAAAGCAAAUCAAUACUGAUACAUUCCUCGGUAAAAUCGCCUUAGCCGGGUUGGCUGGCACCGUAGGCGGUAUUGUCGGCACCCCCGCCGAUAUGGUGAAUGUACGCAUGCAAAAUGAUGUCAAACUGCCACCGGAGCAGCGCAGAAAGUUAGUUGACAUGAUUUUUAUUUUCUUUGUGAUUAAAACCUUUGGCCGUUAUCGAUUUUUUUAACAAACACAUUAGUAAUCACCGGCACAAACUUUAUUAGCUUAUUCAUACUUAGCUUUCUUUCUACUUUGAAAAAAAAAACAUAC